UGGGUUUCUGGAUACUACUGAAGUGAUCUACUGGAUAAAGUACGAUAUAACAAAGAAACGAUGGUUGCACAUGGUGCGAACAAACCAGCGAGAAUUCCAAAAUGCGCCCGUUGCAGAAACCAUGGUAUGAUAUCUACACUGCGAGGUCACAAGAAGCAGUGCAUUUAUAAACACUGCUCCUGUCAAAAAUGUGGUCUCAUCAAAGAGCGACAAAGGAUUAUGGCAGCUCAGGUAGCUUUAAAACGACAACAAGCUGCUGAAGAUGCGAUAGCAUUACACUUAGCUUCAAAAGAAAGUGGGACUACCUACGACUACCUCCCUCCAGGACGUAUAUACGGAAUGCAAGUUACUUCUCCCGAAUCAGAUGCAUCAACCAACAGUAACACAGAAGGACCCACAGGCAUGGAUUCCAGCGAAGAAAUCGUAGUCAGCCCUGCUUCGAUAGAUAUGCUAUCACAGCUCUUCCCCAAUAAGAAACGAUCUGUACUGGAACUUGUGUUGAAAAGGUGUAACCACAACCUUCUCCAGGCAAUAGAACACUUCAACGAAAGUACGAAACCAACCACUGAGCCAUCCAACAACACUCCACAAGAAGACCCAGCAUCGGCCUUCAGACCUGUUACCAACAUGACUAAAUCCUCCAAACCCCUCAUGAUUCCACACCAGAGCAGCAUCUCUUUCAUUCCCAGCAAUAAGGCUUUCAGCUUCUAUCCCUUUUGGCCGUUGUUCAACUCCCAGUUCAACCCGCAGCCUAUUCUGCCUAGUCCUGUUUUGGUGCAAGGCAUUUGCGAGUGCAACCAAUGCCGGCCAGAGGCUGGAGCUUGGGUACCAGGACUAGGAAAACCAGAGGGUACAGGUAGAAUCAAUAUGAGACCAGGAUGAGCUGAGAAUAUUGAAUGAUAUUGAAGAGAUUACCUUUGGUGUUUUUCAUCUUGUUACACAGGGUGUCCCGAAAAAACCAUAGAAAGAUUUCAACCACGGAUUCUAGGAACAGAAAUAGUGAUAGAACUGUAUAUGAACAUGAGCCCAGAAAUGGCUUCCUGGGGAGUUAUAGCCAUCUGGAAGAGGGCCCGAUAUGAUGGUUUUUUGUAAAUAUUUCC